CGCAUCCAGACUGACUUCUUUAAUCGGCUUCUUAAGCAUCACCGUGGUCGCGAAGACGGGCUGUGCUGGCACCCCAUGGCCGCAUGAGUUGCAGCGAAGAGACCAUCGCCGGCGCUGGCCGCGCACUGGCAACGGUCUACACCGCGGUGUCGGCACUGUGUGCGGGGACGGUGCUCUUGAGGCUGCUGACCGCCAAGUUCUGCCACUUGCCCUUCCACCUCCGGCAUGCCGCCUUUCUGUUGCUGCUGCUGCUGCUCUUUGUCGGUCGGGUCGCCAGUGACAUUUGGGAGCUCGGAGAUGGGAGGCUGGUGGCAGCGGGAUCCUCGAGGUGGAUGUACAAUUUGCUUUCCACAGGCCCAGUGGUGAUUUUCCUCACCAUUUUCCUGGUCUUGCUCUACCACCUGACCUGUGUCUUGCACUCCAUCAGCUUGGCGAAGCAGAACUUGGAGGCCGCUUACAGCCGCUCGGUGGCGUUCCAUGGGGAGCGCUCCUUAGAACGCUCGGUGCUCCAUCCCCCGCAGCGGUGCUGCUGCAGGCCGCGGAAGACCUCCUUGUCAUGCUUCUGGAAGAUCAUGCUGAUCACGAUCGCUUCCCUCUGGGUAUUAUUCUUCACUGGCUAUGCGGCAACCCUCCUGGUGCAGGACGAUGGCAAGCAGCAUUUGAGCCUAGCACUGACAGCCCUGGUCGAGGCGCCCAUCUUCGUGGUGUGCGCGCUGACGGGCCUCGGUUUGCUCGUCUUCGCCAUUCAGCUCCUGCGGCGCCUCAGGCGUUUGCGCUGGAUGCUGCGGAACGAGCAGGUGAUUGCAGCCUUGAGAGCUGGUGCCGCGACCAUGGAUCCCGUGACCUUCAGCUCGGAGGGCAGCACUGAGGAGGUCUAUGUCUCCCAGAGGAGCUCCAGCACGGCUGAGCCGAUGAUGCCCACCCUGAGUGCUUCUGUGAAUGCGAACGCAGAGAGCGAGAAGGAGUCGGAGGCGCCGCCCGGGCAGUUGAGAAGUGCCACAGCGCCCGCGAAACACAGCGGCAUGCAGGCGAGUGCCCGUUGCAGCAGGAGCGAGACCGGCUCCUUCAGCAGCGGCUCGAGUGCCACCACGGUGCCCAAGGUGGAGUCCGUGCUCGGAAGUGUCUCGCGCGUCUUGGCCGUGGUGACUGCCUGCGUGGGCGCCUUCCUCUUCCGCGCGGGCUGCAUCCUCUACCUUGUGUGCACGGACCAGCAAUAUUGGCCAUGCGGCCUGCUCUUCCCAUACUACUUAAUCUCCGAGGUGGCUCCGGCUGCACUGUUGAUCUUGCUCUAUCUACUGCCAGGACUGGAGGUGGCAUGCUUCCGUGAGGGGGCCCGAGCGGGAAGCCGAAGCACUGGCCGGCCCUCGAUGCUGGAGAGUGAGGUGAGCGCACUUCAAGCGACCUUCUCCAUGCGCUGGAGCGUCUCUUCUGCUCGACCGCUGGUGGCCGAAGCUUAGGAAAAGACGCCAUUUGACCUGGGAGUCUGGUACAGGAGUCAUAUCGAAAGGUCCUUCACUG